GUAUAUAUAACUUUAUAUAUAGAACCUUAGUUCAUCCUAGGAUUUGUUAGUAUUUACCCGGAAGAUUUGCUAGAUUGAGAUGGCCUUGAAGUAUCAGCCAACUGGAAUAGGCUGUAAAUGGAAAAGAAGUGGUGUGCUUCUAGGAUAGGAUUAAAUCGGACGUAAUGAUAUAUAACAAUAACCAGUUUCAGUUUUAUUUAUCAACUUGGCCCAUAUGGGCAUUAGCAGUGAAUAUCAAUGCAACAAAUUACGUAAAAAGUCGAGCAUGAACAAGAAAAAGAUAAAGAUGUUUCAGUCUUCGCUUCACUCGAGAGUUGUCGCCCUUGGAGCUCUUCAUAUGGGAUUUAGUAUGCUGAGUGCAGCGUUUGGUUUCUAUUACGUGAAAGUGUUCCUAAAUUUCUAUCAUAUAGAGGAAAGUUGGUUUCAAGUGUCUCAGUCAAUUCUCCUUGUAUGGAAUACUGUCAACGACCCAUUGAUUGCCUACUUUCAGGACAGCACGAAUUUUGCGUGUACAAGAACUCGGCGUGAAAGUGUUCUUUAUGCAGCACCAUUUUUUGCUUUGUCAUUUCUGGUUCCAUGGUUUCCAUGGGGAAAACCUGAUUUUCUUCAACCAUGGGUUACUGGCGUUCAUCUAAUUACAACAUUAUGUUUUUUCGAUACCAUGUUCACAUACGUCGGACUGGCAUCAUCAUGUUUGUUCACUGAAAUAUCGGCAGACAAUGACGAACGCUUGACAAUGAUACGGUACAAUCAGAUAGGUAAUCUUCUAGGAUGUUCCAGUGUUUUUAUGUUAGAGUAUAUAUCGAAUCAACUAGAAAACUUCAAAGCAUUUCAAACUACAUGCAUAAUUCUGGCAGUUAUUAGUACCUUGUUACUUCGAUAUUGUGGCAAGCAUGCACAUACUGAACUGGAACUUCGGCACGAGAAUGACAUGCAAAAUGGAAAACCAAGAGUCUUAAAGUCGCAAGAAUAUUCAUAUUUGACUCUUACUAAGCAAAUUUUUUUCACAAAAGAUUUUUUAGCGUUUGCAGUUAUGAACUUUUUAGCAGGAUUUCAUAGAGUGUUUCUCUCAAAUUUCUUUACUAUAUUUGGAGAUCAGUUAAUUUCUAAAGAUGUUGUGCCACCGGUAGUGAGAAGCUUGUUUUAUGGAGCAAGUUCUACUGCAUCAAAGCUGAUUGUGAUAUUUGGUGCAGGAGUUGUUGGCAGAUUUGGCUACUACAAGGUGAUACGUUACAGUCAACUCUUCAUGAUUGCAUAUGGAUUGAUAUACUAUAUGACUGGACCAAUCAAUCACUGGUGUCUCAUGUUCUUUAUGCUGUUAGACAGUGGAACGUCGAACAGUGUACACACGUUGUAUGGUCUGGCUAUAUCGGACAUUGCGGACCAGGAUCGUACACGGUAUAGGAGAAGGCAUCCUGUGACAUCUAUGGUAUAUGGAUGUAAUUCACUAGCUGUGAAACCCGCCAUCUCUCUUGCACCAAUGUUUGUUGUAAAAGUUCUUAACAUGUACGGCUAUAAAAAACACAAGAGUCAUAAGCUGGAUCCAAUAGAUGUAGCGACUUUAAACAAGACCAUGUUUAGUUUUGUUUGCUUAGUGCCACUGAUAAUUGGAUGUAUUCAAUAUUUUGCCUGGUCAUUUUACUCAAUUAGGGAUAGAAGGAAUUUAGAUAUCACAUUAAUUGUUCCGAAGGAUGAUGAACUAAUUAGUAACAGUAUUUAAAUUUGAUUACAUCUUCUCAUAAACCACAAAGAACAAUAAUAGUAUACAAUGGUUUUAUGCAAUAUUUUCCUGUGUGCUUUUUACCCUUGUUUUUUUUUUUUUUUUUUUUUUUUUGAAAAUGGUGUUCCUCAGUUUGAAGGGGCAAUAAAGUAUUUCACAACCCGUGCCGUUCAAGGUUAUAAAAUCAAGUUUGGAGACCAGUCUAAGACGGAUAUUGAAAUUCAGUAUGAAAAAUGUAGACCCAAAAGUUAGGGAAAUUCGGAGUUCCUCAUUUGUAGCGAUGGAAGUGAUCAAGUAUGAAAAUCUGAGACCAGUGUGAAAAUGUGUGGUGCCUAUAUGGGAAGUUUUGAGAAGUUCUUCCGAGUGUACUGAAACAUUCCUGUACAAAUGCUGUCCAGAGUGAAAAUCAUAAUAACUAUCUAAGGAAACAUAUAUUAUUUCACAGGUGCAAGUCAAAAGUUUUUAACAUACGAAAAUAUUGCAAAAGUCAUUGUCAAGUCUAAUGCAAAACACAUGAGGAAACGUUUAACAUGGUAUAUUUUGAUCAAAUGAGAACAAAACAAACUAAAAGAACAAGCUCACCUUAAUACUAUGUUAGUGGCCUUUUGAAAUUACUGACAUUAUUCCUAUAGGAUAGAAUAAAAACAUGCUCCGGA